UGUCAUCUAGAAACGUUUAAUGUGUAUAACUUUAAUCGUUUAAGCGUAAUAUAUGUUGUGACGCGUUGAACUGUAGUGAUCACUGUUAAUUUCUUUCAUAAUUACAAGAACGAGCACGCCGGUGUUUUUGCAUUAAUAUAACGAAGAAACGACAAUGUUGUUAUUACUCAUUACGGUGUCUUUACGUCCUUCAAGUGUCAUUCGAGUCUUUGCCGAAGUGUGAUUCGUAGCAGUAACAUGUGUUCCUUUUCUUCAAAUGUUCAUCUGUUUUCAACUCAUUCAACUAAGGGUAACACGAGAGGAAAUAACACUUUGGUUUCUAUCUACCCACUCCAAUGUCCGUCGAAGGGACCUUCGAAAAAUCGAAGACGAGUCACCUGAUUGGAGAAAAGAACGCGGAUCGGCAUUUCGAGGACAGAAAGAACCGGAAUGGAAGAAGCGUCUCGGUGACGAAGCCACGACUGGUCGCGACGGUGGACAAGGUAGGAAGGUCGACGCUGGAGAACCGGAGCGCGGAACAGACAGGAGGAGGAAGAAGGAAGGUGGUUACGGCUGCGUGGGUGACGGAGAAAGGACGAGGCUUGGAGGUAAGGUGGAACAGGUGAAAACGAGACGGAGGGGAAAAAAGGAAAGCUACGAAGACAACAGAACUGUGCGAGUAGGAGAAAGAGAGAUUGAGAGUGGAGAGAGAUAGGAAGGGAUGAUGAAAAAAGAGGCCGAGGCAGAGACCUACAUAUUCCGCGGGGCCAAUGAGACGGCGCAAUGUGGUGGCACGGUGUUUCUCGUCCUUUUCCAACGAGUUUACCCGAUCAUGGAACGAAGUACAGCGCAGCCGAGCUGAGGGGAGGGAAGCGAUGGUAGCUGGUCGGAGCAGAGCGGUAGACCAACUCAGUUGCUCACGAGCAUUCGCCAGAGAACGUACGAACGAAACAUGUCUGUCCGUUUCUUGAACAACGCGGGUGUCGUGCUCGCGACGUGUACGGUGUUUCUGGUGUUCGCUAACAUUCUUGUUCACGCCGAUGCCGAACAAACGCAGUCGACCUUCAACGUGGAGAAGCUGUACGUACCGGAGGUGUGCGACGCCAAGUCGAAGAUCGGUGACCAGCUAACUAUGCACUACACCGGCACGUUGCAGGAUGGCACCAAAUUCGAUUCAAGUUUGGACAGAGAUCAGCCGUUCACAUUCCAGCUGGGAGUUGGCCAAGUUAUUAAAGGCUGGGACCAGGGAUUGGUGGAUAUGUGCGUGGGCGAAAAAAGGAAGUUGACCAUACCGCCGGAACUCGGAUACGGAGAGAAAGGAGCCGGAAACGUAAUUCCUGGAGGUGCCACUUUAUUAUUUGAUGUUGAGUUAAUCAAUAUCAGUGAUUCUCCACCAACUGCAAAUGUGUUCAAAGAAAUUGACAGCAACCAUGACAACCAAUUAUCCCGCGAGGAGGUGAGAACAAUGGUGAGCGAGUACCUGAGGAAACAGCUGAUCGAAGCGGAGCAGGGUGGUAGCGAGAACGAGGAGGUAAAGAAGAUGCUGGGGGAACACGAUAAGCUAGUGGAGGAAAUCUUCCAGCACGAGGACAAGGACAAGAAUGGCUUCAUCUCCCACGACGAGUUCACCGGGCCGAAGCACGACGAGCUCUGAAGUCUUCGUGCCGCGUCGCCGUGUCUUCGAGCACCGCGUCGCCGUCGGCGUCGUGUCUCGCGCCACCACGUGUUCACAUCCGUGCGGAAUCGCCUCUUCGAAUCCUAUCCGGUCCGGGAACGUCACCACUGAGAGUCACAGACAGUUGUGUAUCGAUCGUGAUCGAUCGUUUUAUCCAUGGACUAUCGAACAUCCGCUUCGUCUGCAACUCGGUGAAAAUCUUUCGAGGAACAAAAGAGAUGCUGAAAAAACGGUUCUCUUCCUCGUUGGGAAGUUUCUCUCGCCAGUGUUGAUCGAAGAAGCAGAAAAAUAUUACACUCGACGCUCAUCAAAUAUAAAUUCGUUCGCAGGAAUUCCUCUUCAUCGAUCGUGGGACUGACUGUUACUCUGUACAGUAAGGAAAUCAGGAGACGAAACUCUCUGUACCUUCUCGAACUGGGACGCUCGAACGCGUCAACGAAGACGAAGAGGUUCCCGAGGACGAGAAGCAACAGACUCGACGCUGUUGAUCGAGCGAAACAAUAAUUACACGGGCUCCGAAGAGGGAAAGCUAGGUCUGAAAAGUUUUCAAAGCACCUUACGCUUUUCGCUCGUGGAUGCUGUUCACAAUGACGCGUUUAAACGCGGAACAACAGUUAAGUGCGCGGCUUUGAAGAAGAGUAAACCGCGAAGACACUGGUCGAGUGCUGGUCGAAAUCCUGGCGGGAAGCGAGGCUGUUUUACUUAACAUAAUGAUAUAUAUAUAUAUAUAUAAAUAUAAAUAUA